UAGCUGUGUUUGUGGCUUAGAGUUUAUUCAGAUGAAUUCUCUCCUCUAUCAGCUUAAAUAGUUUGUACUCCUUCGCUUGUUCCAAAAACAACGUUUUCUUCUCUCUUCUUGUUUUUUUUGCUAGUAUUCAUCAGCGAUAGACGUUUUCUGUUUGUUUGGUUGAAGAUGUUUAAAAGUGUGGUGGACCGUGUUGCUGCCGUCUCAAUGACAGUCUACCUCACCAAUUACUUUGGUGUCUGGGGCAGUGCAGAGGACUCCGAACGGCUUCUCAAGUCCAUGAGUGAGUCCGUCGGUGCUAUGAUCAAGUGGAUGGCCUCAGAGGACGAUCCCAACUUGAAUGCGGCUGACGUCUACAAUCGGGGCGUCAAAAAGAGCUUCCUAUUCAUUAUUCAGCUACCCGAGCACAUAACGAGUACUUACACAAGUGUGACCAACGAGGCCAAGCAGAUCAAUCUAGAGAUGGCCAAAAUCUUCCGCAACUUGUCGCAGCCACAAGAGUUCUCUCGAUAUUGGGACAUGUUGGAGGGGCGUCUACUUACCUCAAAGUCGCUAACAUCAAUCAAGGAAGCUGAAGAGAUGCAGCGUCUGGCACAAGAGGAACAGGCCCUCAAGGAGCAAGCUCUCAAGGAGCAAGCCCAGGAGCAAGCCCUGACCGAGGCCGAAGAGAAGAAAUCAAGUUUGAUGAAUCUAUCCAAUUGGAGUAUGUGGCAAUUUUGGAAGAAUCAAAUGGGCGCUUCCCUUAUGCAAAAAUCCAAAUAAUGACUCAAAUUCCCAGCUACGGACACAAAUACCUGACUGAAAAAAAUCACCUGACUGAAGAAAAUCACCUGACUCUUAACCAAAUCACCGAUUGAACCAAUCCCCUGACUUUAAAAGAUUUUAUCCUUGACAUAAAAAAUAUUCCUGCUCAAGAAAAGUUUUCCUACUGCAAUUGCAGUCCACAACCACCGCCACGGGUCGACAAAAAAUUUCAAAAUUUAUUGCAUAAUUCUAAAAACAAUU